AUGACGCCAAACGCCAACAAAAUUUUGACAUUUCUGUUUGUUAGAAAAUAUGUUUAUAACGCGCACGUGGACAAGGAAGGUCCCUUUCUAAAAGUGUGGGGGCAAACGGACAAAAACAAUGCACUUUAUAUAGAACGUUUUCUUAUUGGUGCCUCGCAGCAAUUUGAGCAAGGCAUCGGCAAAAUACCGUUCGAAAAUUUACAGGUCAACACUUUGGUAUGUGCGAAAUAUAAAGACAACAAGUAUUACAGAGCCAGAAUAGUUAGUAUUGACUACUUAAAUGAUUGCUUCGUUGAAGUCAGCUUCGUAGAUUUUGGUAACAAGGAUAUAGUUCCCAGUGACAACAUCAGAAGUCUGCAGAACUUUCCCACAUCUUUUAUUUCUAUUCCACCACAAGCAACAGGUUUUAUUUUUGGAGAAGCACACUGUCCAGGUGGUGGCGAAUGGAAAGACCAUUUAUUGAGUCUUAUGGCUGUUUUGCAGCUUCAACUUUUCGAACCGAAGAAGGAAUAUGCAGUAUAUGUAUCCUUUGUCAAUGAAGGCCCUACAUUGUUUUCUGUACAGUUACAACAGUCCGAGGAUAAUUUGGCGAAAUUAAUGAAAGAAAUUAACAUGAUAAAUUUGAGGAUGUUAGAAGAUCUGCCACUUCCUGGAACCAUUUGUUUAGCCAGAUGCAUGGAAGAUGGAAAUGUUUGUCGAGCUGUGGUUACCAAUGAAGUUGAUAACCUAUUUAAAGUGUUUUAUGUAGAUUUUGGUAACUAUGAAACACUACCUUUGGAAGCACUAUAUCAAAUACCUUUUAAGUAUGUCCUCCCAAAAGUAAUGGCUAUACGACUCAGUUUAAACGGAGUUGAAAAAUCAACUGUCACGAUGGAGAUGCUAUUAGCCUUUAAAAAUUUGUUUGAUAACAGAUUGCUCCAUAUGAUGGUUCUUCCUUCCACAAAGAAAACAACCAUACCCAAGUGUGACUUAUGGGAUCCGCAGACUAAAACCAGUGCUUUGGAUGUCAUUAAUCGAGCUGCACUGCAUGCCUACCCUGAGCCACUUUUGUUGAAUAGGGGAUUUACACAGUUAGUGAAAGUUAGUUAUGUAUUUAGUUGUAACAGAUUCUAUGUUCAGCUAGUUGCCAAGGAACAAGAAUUGGCUAAAGUGAUGGAAGAUUUACAACUAUCCUGUCAAAAUAAUGAUAACAUAGAUUUGAAAGAUGUAAAGCUAGGUCUGCCUUGUUGUGCAUUGUUCCAAGCAGACCAGCUCUGGUAUCGAAGUGAAAUUGUCGAUAUUGUCGACAGGGAAAACGUGAAAGUACGGUAUAUUGAUUAUGGAAACGAAGAAAUAGUACCAGUGAUUCUGCUUAAGAUGGUUGAAGGUGAAUUGCUAACUGUGCUUAGACCACAAGCAAUCGAGUGCUGUCUUACCGGCUAUCAAAACAUGGGCGCCGACGAAACUAGAGACAACCUAUUGGAAGAACUAAUCUUGGAGCAGUCGUUCACGAUGAGAGUGAGCGAAAUGUUGGGCAAGAAGGCACUGGUGGAGCUCAUCAAUCCGGCGAACUAUAACGUGGCCUCUCUGCUCUUGGAAAAAAUCGCUUGGUAAAGUCAAGUGAGCCCCAUUUUGUUACAGGCGGGCAACAAAUUCGAACAUAGAAAAGGCGAUGCGGGAGAUAAUUUUAGAGAGCAGAGAAGACCGGCUAGAGAGGAUAAAGAUUGGAAGAACAGAAACGACCGAUCCGAGAGUAGAAAUUCUGAUAAAUCAACUGAAAGACCUUGGAGAUCUGAGAAUAAUUUUCGACAGACUGAAUCAAAUGAAGAUUCUCCCGAGCAAGGAUCUUGGAGACAAAACAAAGGUUUUAGGAAUAACGAACGAAACGACCGAGGAGGAAAUCGACCUGAUUUUCAGAGGAAAACGAACAUUAACGAUAGGUUUAGUAAAAGCCGAAACGAUAAUAGCAAAAACAACAAUUGGAACAAUAAAGAGUCUCGGACAGAUGAUUGGGAGAGCCCACAUCAGGACAAUGGGGAUAAUGCGGUCUCCACCGAUCCCUGGGACGCUCCAGCUCCAACAUCCAACAACUUUGAAGAGAGGAGGCCUAGAGAGAACAAAUUCGGUCAAAAUAAACGAAGAUUUGACCAAGAUAGAGGCGACCGUGGCGAUAGAGGAGACAGAGGUGAACGUGGUGAUAGAGGUGAUAGAAGCAAUAAUUGGAACUCCAACAGAGACGGGUUUAAAAGAGAUGGCGGCUUCAAAAAGGAUUUCAGAAAGGAUGGAAGUGAAAUGAGUUCUAGCGGUUCUGAGAAAAGCUUCAAGAAAGGCCUAAGAACGAGUUCAAGAAACGACCAUGGAGGUGGUAAAUUUUACAACAGAUCUAACAAUUCUUUCGCCAACACCACAAUGGGCGAUGAUACGUGGAGCGUGAGUGACGUUAGCACACCUAUAGACGCGGCUCCAUCAACAGCUACGUUUCAGAAAAUAAACAUGGUCGGUUCAGAGGCAGGAGUGAUGAUUACUUGGUUCCACAAUCCCAGUCACUUUUAUUGUCAACUGCAAACAUCAGAGAGUGAAUUCAAGACACUAAUGGAGGAAAUCCAGCAAGCUUACAAAAAUCGUAAGCCCGAGGCUUGUCCAGUUGGUGCUCCAAUUGUAGGUCUAUUUCCCGAAGAUAACGUUUUGUACCGAGCCCAAGUUUUAGAAGUCUUUGGUGCGGAAUAUAAGGUAUUCUAUGUCGAUUUUGGAAACGUAUCAACUAUAACGAAAGUAUGGCCUAUAGAGAAAAAGUUCAUGAAUUUACCCGCUCAAGCAAUAUGUUGCGGUCUUAACGGCAUUGCCCCUGCCGGCGAAAACUGGCCAGAUUGUACAGUGUUUGGUGACUAUUUCAAGAAAGAGAGUUAUACCGCUAGAUUUUUAAAAACUGAUGAUAUCAGGACUUACAUUGAACUAUGGGAUGGCGACCAAGAAAUCACCAAUUUGCUACUAAAAAACAAUCUAGUAGUUUCAUCCGAACCACAAGCAGAAGUCGACGUUGCCCUUCUACUUAACCAGCAAUUGAGGGUCAUGUUAAAGAGUGUGAACAAUUUGAGUGACAUUAUUGUAGCACUCGAGUGUGGUUUAGCCCUCAAUUGCAAAGCUCACAACCUUGAUGAAGCCACUGAGACUUUCGAAAGUGUAUUGAAGGACUGUAUAGAGACCAUAUUGAUCAUAUAUGUUGAUAAUAUUUUGGAGAACAACGUUUUGGAUGUUACUUUCUAUGAUAACACCGGAAAUAAAUUGGUUAUUCUAAACCCUGACGAUGGGGCUUUAGACAUGGUUGAACCUUUGUGUCCUCUACUUAUUCUGAGUACCCAUAUUUACGGAUAUGUGUCACAUGCAGACGAAACCUCAGUUUACAUACAACCCAACAUCUAUGCUGAUCAAAUUUCAGUUCUCUUAGAAAGCUUAUUCAACGCCUAUGACAGUUCUACUCAACAAUCUAGCAUUAUUCCUGAAGAAGGUUUAAUAUACGCCGUACAUAGCUCUGACGGUAAUUGGUAUAGAGCCAGAGUUCUCAGUUUUGAUGAUGAAAAAGCAACCGUUAUUUAUUUGGAUUAUGGAAACACCGAGGACGUGACCUUUGACAAUUUGAGAGAAUUAAAUAGCGAAUUUAAUGUUCCCAGCAUAAUGUGUAUUCAGAUUAAGGUUACAUCUGGACAGCCAUCAGACUUCCUAGAAAAGGAUGUCAUGGCUGAGAUUUAUUAUGGCGAAGAAGGCUGGGAAGGUACAGUUGAGGCUAGCUUGACCAAUGAGGCAGAGCAACCAGUUGAAGCAGUUGAAGAAAAUACACUAGUUCACGAACAAGAAAAUAAUGAAGCUUUUGUAGCUGAAAACACUACUGAACCCAAAGAUGCGGCUGAAGAUACAAAUGUCAAUCAACCUGGUACUCCUGUCCUGAUAAGCCAUAUUGAUAGUCCAACAGACUUCUACGUGCAGUUCACGCAAACAGUUGAUACAUUGAACGAAUUGCAGCAAAAUUUACAAGAUACUAUUGAUGAAAUGCCUGUAUUGGAAAAUGUAUCGGUUGGUAUCUUAUGUGCUGCGCCAUUCAGUCUUGACCAUCAGUGGUAUAGGGCAGAAGUGUUGGAUGCUGAUGACGAUAUAACCACAGUUCGUUUCGUCGAUUACGGAAAUACCGAUGUUAUUAACAAUAAAACCACCCAGCUGAAAACUUUGCCGCCCAAUCUGUUGUCUCUAGCAGUCUACGCUACCCGUUGCAGCCUGAAACUGAAAUCCGUCGACGAAGAAUGGAGUCAAACUGCGUUGGAACUAUUCGAAUCUCUGACCAGCCAGGAGAAUAUUAUGGCCGAGUUCCUCAUUCAAGAUGAAAAGACACAUAUUGUAGAAUUGUACGCCAAUGGGCAAAACGUUAAAGAUGCUUUACUUGCUCAAAACUUUGCUGUGCCUUGUGAAAUUGUUACCGAGAGCAAAACAACCUGCUUUGUGAGUCACUUAAAUUCUCCAUCCGAAUUUUGGGUACAGUUGGAGAACUGUGUUGAUGAACUGGAAUGGAUAGCUGAGCAGCUCUCUGGUGCCGAGAAUUUCCCAGAACUUGAAGAUUUAGCACCAGGUACCCUAUGUGCUGCACUGUUCCCUGAUGAUGAGAUGUGGUACAGAGCUAGAAUUUUAUCAAACACAAUUGCAGGCAUAGAAUUACUAUUUAUCGACUAUGGAAAUUCAUGUGUAAGCAGCAGUCUUAGACAAUUACCUGAGGACUUGCUUGUUACUUCACCUCUUGGCCAAAAAUGCUGUCUUCAAAGGCCAGAAGGUAUACCAUACUGGACAAAAGAAGCACAAGACAAAUUUUCCGAAAUUUCUGCAGAAGGGCAAACUAUAUUUGAGAUGAAGAAAAUUACCAGCGGCGAAACAGCUACGAUAGAAUUAAUACUCAAUGGCGAAAAUAUUGUUCAAAAAAUUUUACCCGUUACUCAAGACGGACAUGUAAAAACUUCAAGUCUUUGGAUGAUUUCCAGUUAGAAAAGAACGGAGAGCUUCUCACAGAUAGUUUUAGUUUGGAACCUAUGCCCGGUAUGACUUGGAAUGAGGAGUCUAAUCAGAAAUUCACCGAGCUUUAUCCAGAAGACACUAAAUUUCAAAUUGAAGUGAUAAGUGAGGAUCAGGUGCGUUUGUAUUAUGACCAAUCUGAUAUUAGACCUCAACUGGGAGGAUCAAAAACUAACUUAAACUCGUCCAACAUUUCUCAAGAAAACAAGACUGAAGAAUUAGAAAUUAGUGAAGAUCAAGUAAUUGAUUAUGAAGCAGGUAA